GCCAAUCCUCGCCUGGAAUAGGUCGACUUUUAUUAUGCCGAGAUGACAUUCUUUCCCUUUUUACGACAACGACGAAGACGACUGAUGAUGAUCUUAUUGACACAGAUUACGACAAAGUGUUGAGUGGUGCGCGAUGCAACAACAGCAGCCGGGCGGUGAAAAUGGUGCGCCAGGCGGUAGCCCAGCCGCAACGGGUGCUACGGGAACGGCCGCUGCCCGUAGCCAUGUGAACGGGGGCCGUUUCGACUUUGACGAUGGCGGUACUUAUUGCGGCGGCUGGGAAGACGGCAAAGCGCACGGUCACGGUGUGUGUACCGGCCCUAAGGGCCAAGGAGCUUACAGCGGUUCCUGGCACUAUGGAUUCGAGGUGUCCGGAGUCUAUACUUGGCCAAGUGGUAGCUGCUUUGAAGGUCAAUGGCAAAACGGCAAACGACACGGAUUGGGAGUGGAAACACGAGGAAGAUGGAUAUACAGGGGCGAAUGGACGCAAGGAUUCAAAGGCAGAUACGGGGUGAGACAAUCCAACACUUCAACUGCAAAAUAUCAAGGAACGUGGGCCAAUGGAUUACAAGAUGGUUACGGAUCGGAGACCUAUGCAGAUGACGGCACAUAUCAAGGCCAAUGGAUGCGAGGGAUGCGUCACGGCUACGGAGUACGAAGCAGCGCCCCCUUCGGUAAAGCCUCAAAAUACCGAGGCCAGAAAGGUGCUGCGCGUGGUUCCUUGACGUCGCUGCGCAGUAACGAACAGGGCGCAGCACCUUUGGACGCAGCAGAAAAGCGCGACAGACGUGUGGACGAUUCCAGAGGCGGGUUCGUGCUACAGAGCCGGAGCACGGAACCCACUUCCGUUAGAAGAAGAUCGUUGGGAUCGGGGAAUAUUAAAAAAAACAUUUUUAAAGGUAUUCUUAAGAAAGGUGCCAGUACGGGAGAGCUGGAUAGGCGAACGGGUUCUGGCAGUAUACGAAGUAAUGCUUCAUCGGCGUCAUAUAUUAGUACCGAUUCAGCAGGGUCCGUUGUGACCAAUGCCUCUAUGCCGUCAGAUUCCAAUGCUAGUUUUGUGAUAGAUGAUGAACAAAUGGAUCCGAGUGUAACAGAAACGUACAUGGGUGAAUGGAGCAAUGACAAACGGUCAGGCUACGGUAUAAGUGAGAGAUCUGACGGUCUCAAAUACGAGGGUGAAUGGUACGCUAACAAAAAGUACGGUUACGGUGUGACGACGUUCAGUACAGGCGAAAAAGAAGAAGGAAAAUAUAAAAAUAACGUCCUAAUAACCAGUCAGAAAAAAAGACUUUUUCUAAUGAGAAGCGCCAAAUUUCGAGAGAGGAUAGAUGCGGCUGUUAAUGCCGCUCAACGAGCUUCAAAAAUUGCUUUACAAAAGGCUGAUAUUGCUAUCUCUAGAACUGCUACAGCACGAGGUAAAGCGGAGCAAGCCGAUAUAGCUGCAGCACAAGCUAGAGAUGACUCAGAAAUAGCCGAUCAAGUAGCCAGGCAGUACGCGCCCGAUUUCAAACAGCCAGGAUUGGAGCGGUUGAAAAUGCAAAUGAAAUAUCGCGAACCGAAUCGAAACUUAGACAUUUCCAUGGAUCAAAAAGAUCACGGGAUGAUGCCCAAUGAAAUACCCAAUCAAAUACCCAAUAACAAGCUAAAUGCUAAACCUAUGGCUAAUCAAAUGCCGCAAGGGAAUCCUUAUUAUCAGCAAAAUCAACAAAAUACGUAUCAGAACAAUCCCUAUCAUCAACAACAACAACAGCAACAGCAAAAUCCUUAUCAGCAAUAUCAAAACAAACCGAAUAAUCCAUCAAGCUUAAACAAUCCAUCGCAAAUUCAUCACUAUAAUGCUUCUUCUAAUAAUCCAGCAUCACAUCAUGUAAACGAAUUCGGGCCUCAGCUUCCAAAUAACAUUCAGCAGCAACAAAAAACUACGGCAUCCAACGAAUAUAUUAAUAGCACGACGAACAAUCCCAGAAACUCGUUGACCGGGGAGAAUCUACCAAACACAAAUUCGAUACGAAGGAUGUCGAGGAGGGUGUCGGGAGAUCGACCGUAUUUGGGGAAUAUUGGUCAACAAUCGUCGAUAGAUCAUUUUGAUCACUAUAAAAGGCCGCCUAGUCGGGAUUCUAGUGUAGAUAGGUAUUCUAGAGCAACAGGUAGAUUAAGUAACUCGUUAGCGGGUUCGAGGCAACCCUCUGUAGACCGAAAUUCGGCUGGGCGGCUAGAAACGCCAGAUAGGACGCUUAGGGCGCCCUCCGCAGUGAGGGGUACCACACCAGCUCCGACGGGAAUGAACCCUGGUGGGAUGAAAAACGGUUCGGUACCUACAGGUAAUGGAAAGCCUCAAAAUAGUAUCAACAGCAACGGUACGUCGCUACCUCCUUUUGAAGAUGUCAUAAUCCGGAAAAGGGGCCUCGGCCAGGACAUUGUUCCGUCCCCCAAUCAGCCUAAGCGGACCGAGAGUCUGUUCAUUCCAGGACAACCUAACCAGCAGCAAGCACCUAAGGUUUUGACAACUCAAACGUCUCUGCAACGCAAAAAAUCGCUACCGGACGUCCAAGAUUUGCCUAGAGCGACGCGUCAGAUGCCGCGCGAAGAAGUAUCCUACUUGGGCUCGGCCCGUCGCGAAGAAGUCCGAAGACAAAUCGACGAGCGUGAACGGUUACGCGCCAAUCCGCUUCUCUGGCUGGUCAGUCCACAAGUCAAGGAUUGGUUUUCACGGCAGCAAUUGGUCCUUGUAGUACUCUUCAUCAACAUUUCCCUUGCGAUUAUGUUUUUCAAAUUGCUUACAUAGUACAGGGCCGGAGGCGUCAGCCUAGACGCUACCUGAACGGACACCAAAAAACAAAAAGACAAUUUUUUGGAUUUAAGCUGCAAUUUUUUGCGUACAUUUUUGGAUGGACAAAAGGUACACGAGCGACGAUUUUAUAUUUGUGGGAAUCCCCCCGAUGAAACGGUUGGAUUAAAUUGUACGGAACUUAUGGAAGAAAGUGUGCACUCAAUUUUUGAAUCGGUGGACACGAAUUUGAACAAAAAUUUUAAGAAAAUGGUUAUAGUGUGUAAUUUAAAGAAACUUUUUAUCCUAAUUACUGUUGGAGUUUUUUCAAAUUUUAUCUCUGUUUUUUGAUUUGUUGUGUCUUGUUUUGUUGCCUUAAUUUUUCUAAAUACAUAUUUGAUAGUUUAUUGUCGUUUUUUUGGCCGACAUUAUUUUAUUUCAAUCACUUUAUUCGAUCAGUGUAAAAUUAUAUCAACAAUUUCCAAUCACAGUGUGUUAAAUACAUAAUAUCUAUAUUUUUUAACAUAUCAAAUAUUUGAUUUUCUUUAAGCACGUUUUGUGCGCAAUUACUUAUUUAUCUGAAAUUAUUGGGAUCAAUUUUUAUAAAUUUAUAUUAAGGCUUUAGCGUGCAAAACUUUUUUCUGAUAUUUUAAAGCACGCAGCUAGCAAAUAGAUAUUUUUGGAAAUGUGAACAGUUUUUAUUACACUGAGAAAAUCUCUUCCUUAUCAAGUGGAAAUAUUAGCUACUGGAACUAAGUAUUAAUAAAAAAAAAUAGUUAUAUUAUGCUCUACUAACUUAUCUGUGGUCUAUAGUAGCAAAUUACUUUUUUCAGAGCACUCGAUCAUUUGAUGUCACUAAUUCAUUUAUCAUAUUUAUCCUUAAAUUUGAUUUUAGAGUUUUUAUCGUCUGUUAUAUAGUUUAAAUAUUAACACUCUUAAAUUUGAUUUUAAAAAUUCUCACAUUAAGUAUUGCAGCACUUCUUUACAGCAAAAUAUUCAACAUCACAUUUUUACAGAAUUUCUGCUAGGUAUACUUACUUAUUUUAACUAAAGAAUAUCAAAAAAUUCAAACGGUUUGUGGUCUAUUUAGGUCCAUUAUUGAUACCUACUAAUUUCGAAUAAAGCUACCUACUUGAUUAAUGAAAGUUUAAAUUUUUUCUUUCCUUGUGAAUACAUUCAUAAUAUUUUUUGAAUAAGUUAGCGUAGGUAUUCAAAAUUGACAAAAUUAUGCUGAAUAGGUAUCCUGAAAAUAAAUUAGCAAAUAAGUAAUUACUUACCGGCGUUUUUCUCAGUGUAGCUUAACUGCACACCUAAAAAAAAUCUAAGGGGCUCAAAUUGAUAAUAUAAAUCUCAUAUUGGCUAUACUCAACUAGUUUUUCUAUUGAACUACUAAACAAUACGUCAGUGUAAUUAGUCAUCCUUGAGGUCCAAUGAAUAAGUCUCCAUCAUAAGCUAGCAGAGGCUUAUUAGUAUUAUACGGACAUUCUAUUGGUUACAAAAAUUGAAUAUAAUAAUGUUAGUUGUUUAAUUGUUAGUUAGAAAUUAGGUAGCAAAACAAGGCGUAUAGCAUAUACUUACAUUAAAUCAUACAAUAUAUUUUAUUUGAAUUGUUACAAUCUGUUUUUUGGGUAGGUGACAAAUAAGCUUCACACGUAAUUUUUAUUUAUUCGAUUAGAAUUUUAUUUUUUUUAUGGUAUCAAUUGGCUUUUGAUUAAUUACAUUUUGUUGUCUUUUAUUUAUUAUUAUCAUUACAAUUAUAACUAAGUAAUUUGAACCCCUUUUAAUCUUUAAAAUGUUUUGUUUAUUUAUUUUUUUGUUUAGGAUUAUGUGAUGUUUUUUAUUUUAUCCUUGAAAAGUGAGUAUAAUUUUUCUGCUACAUUUAGGUAUACAUUUCGCAUAAGGCAGUUUAUUAUUGUUUCUGUUACUUGAUUUUUUUUUUGAGUGUUUCUUUAGCAUUGACCAAACCUAUGAUAAAAUUAUCAUAGACGAACAUGGUCAAUGUUGAAAAAAAUGCUUUUUCUAUGUUAUAUAUGUGCCUUGUUCAUACUUUGUAAGUAAUUUAAAUACUAUACUUAUAAAAAGCCGUAGCAGGUUUGUAACUUUUUACAAAUCCGAUACUUUUUACCAUUCUAUACUUAUGGCAUUAUACUCUAUUAAUUGAGAAGUAACUUUCAAAUUUUUAGAUUUAUAUAAUUAAUUAUUAUGAAUCGACAAAUGUAUGAUAAUAGUUAUUAUUAUACCUAAUAUGUCACCACUUUAUAUUUUCAAUUUUAAUAAAAGGGGCUGAUAAAAAAAAUUACUCU